AUGGAUCCUUUAGUAGUAGAUCUAUCUAAAAUUCCUGUAACUCAAUCUGCAAUUAACUUGAUCAAUGAUAAUGAUAAGGAUAGAUAUGAAUCAUGGCGUUUUUCUUUAAUUGGUCGAUUGGAUCUUCUUCGAAUUAAAUUUUUAGAUGCUUCUAAUAUUUUGAGGAAACAAUGGAAACUGACAGCUCCAUGUCAAUUGAUCCCAUUGGGUAAAGGUUUUUUUACAAUCAAGUUAUCUAAUGAAGAAGAUAAGAAUCAUAUUAAAUCAGGUACAUGGGAAGCAAUGGAUCAAAUCUUGAAAGUCAGAAAUUGGAUUCCCAAUUUUAGAUCGGAAAAUCAAAGAACUUCUAAAGCAAUGAUUUGGGUCCAAUUUCCUAGUUUAAGCUUGGAAUACUGGGAUGAAAAAACCUUAUUCACUAUUAGCAGAGCAAUUGGGAAUCCUAUUAAGGUUGAUUCUGCAACUUUACAAUAUCAGAAUGGCUAUUAUGCAAAAUGUAAGAUUGUUGGGCAUUAUCAAUCUGAGUGUAGACUCAAGAAAUCAGUUGAGGAGGGUUUUUCUGUUGAACAAUCUGUGAAGUUAAGCUCUCCAAUUAAUGGCUCCCCUAAGAAACCUGACAUAUCAAUUCCUGCACCAGCAAUUCAAACUCAUACUUCAGCUAACAAGUCUACUUCUACAAGUCAGAUUCCAAGUUCAUCUGACAAGACUAAUCCUGCAGCUCAAGUUUCAAAUGCAACUGAUAAGCCUCUUCCUAUUAACAAUCCUACAGAAGACAAAUACUCACCAAAGGUACCUGAAAUUUCAUUCGUUGAACCCCAAAUUUUGAUUGAUCCUAAUAAGGUAAUAUCUGAAACUCUUUCUACUUCUGGAAUUUCCUUAAUUUCAAAUCAAUAUGAAGUAUUGCAAGAUAAUGAAUUUGAUUCUACUAGCUCAGAAGAUGGAGAGAUUAAGGAGGUCAGUCCUUCAAACUUACUUGAUUAUAGUAAAGUGGUUCAACCUGUGAAUAUUAUUAAACCUCCUGAUCCUAUUCAGACUAGUAAUUCAGUUUCUAGUUCUGUUACAAAGAAUAUUACCAAGAAAAGCCUCCAGUAA